AUGUUCACAGGAGCAGUUCCAGAGCCGCACAUCAAGAUACUUGGUGAAACACAGGAAGGAGUUCUGCUGCAGUGUUCUGUUCUUGGUGCGUCUCCAAAACCUAAAGUUCAUUGGCAGAACCGAGCUGGAGACGUUGUUCCUGCUGAAGAACCUCAGGUCUCUGAAAGAGGAGGCAGCUACGACAUCAUCCUCCAAACGACUGUGACCAAGACCGACCACUAUCGCUGUGUCUCCACUCAGGAGGAGAUCAACCACCAGAUAUAUACUGAGACAUAUGUACCUGGCCAUGACAAUCUCUUCGAGGACAAGUCCUCCACUUCUACCAGUGGGGUCAUGGCUGCCAUAAUAACUAUAAUACUAGCUCUGGUUAUUGCACUUCUGGUGAUUGUAUUUCUAGUUAUCACCAUCAUGAACCAGAGGAAAAACAAGUUGGAGUAUCCGUUACCUGAUAGUGACGCUGAACCUGAUGAAGCAGGAGCAGAAGCAGGAGCAGGAGCAGGAUUAGUAGCAGAUGCAAAGACGAAAGGAUCAUCAAUAGAAAUGAAACAACUGAACGGUCAUCAGCUGAUUAACGGAUCCGGAUCUACACAGACGACACUUUAGGGAAAUUCUGCAAUAAUGGUUGAUGUCAUGAGUAUUUUUCACAAAAUUGGAAACCUGUAUUGUAUCUGUGUCAAACAUAUUCUAUUUGAAAAGCUGUGGAAAUAAGUCUGUUACUUCAGUUCCCUCUUUACUAACAUUUCAGUGGCUCACACACAAAUUACGUGACUUUCGAGAGGCAGGACACCGUAGUUGGAUAUCGUAGUUUUACCAAUUCUUGUAGUUAUGAAACCGUGACAUGAAACCCCAGAAAGGUUCGGUGUCUCUCUCUCGUCACAGUGCAGCUUAUACAGGAGAAUGUCAGGGACCUUUUUUAGAUGUUGUUUUCAGAUCAUGAUGCUGUAGCUCUGAAAUCAGACUUGAAUCUUUUAGGAAAUUGAAGGAAAAAGGAGUGAAUUGUGAAUUGUGAGCUCACAAGCUCAAUGCACAAGCGUUCUUGUUAACGUAGGUUUGCAUUUUCAUGGGACUCCUGCAUAUAUGAAGUUACAAAUAUGUACUAUUGAAUGAAUGUAACACUUGAUUUUAAGUCCAACUUUACCUCAAAUCAUAUCAUGUUUAAUAUAUACUAAACUAACAAUUAAGUAGCACUUAGAUUCCUUAUAGCAUUUUGUAGUAUGUAGUAUUUAAAUAUUUAUAUUUGGGUGUGACAUGUUAUUUGGGUUUGACUAUUUAACUCCUCAAAAAGGAGUUUAAGAGUUCAAGUUAAAACCCGAACAUGUCUUGAAGGUCUUUUUACUAUGACCUCAUGUUAGAGAGUUUCAGCUGGGUGAAUUUUAGUGGAAGAAAAAGUGUGUUUGUGUACAAACUUAAUAUUUAGAGAGUAAUUUCUGUUCUCUUUAUAUUUACUACUUUUUUAAAGAAAAAUUUAAUAUGAAAACAUAAAGACUCCUCUCAGAUGUUUCUGUAUUGCAGCUAAAAUGAUUCUUAUUCCUCUGUGCCUGCGACGUCAUGUGACCAAAGCAAUAUAUCAUUUUACACUGUGACUUCUGCAGAAGUAAAAGAAACUGAGUGAUUCUUGAA